ACCCGGAUGUUCACUCCUGGGCACCCGGGGAAGUGGAAGCGCCGGGCCCUGCUGCGGGGGGGAGAGCCACAGACGCCGGGACCGGGACCGCCGCCGCCGCCGCCACAAUGAGUGAUCAGCAGCUGGACUGUGCCUUGGACUUGAUGAGGCGCCUGCCUCCACAGCAGAUCGAGAAAAACCUCAGCGACCUGAUAGACCUGGUCCCCAGUCUAUGUGAAGAUCUCCUGUCUUCUGUUGACCAGCCACUGAAAAUCGCCAGAGACAAGGUGGUGGGAAAGGAUUACCUUUUAUGUGACUACAACAGAGAUGGGGACUCCUAUAGGUCACCGUGGAGUAACAAGUAUGACCCUCCUUUGGAAGAUGGGGCCAUGCCUUCUGCUCGGCUGAGGAAGCUGGAGGUGGAAGCCAACAAUGCCUUUGACCAGUACCGAGACCUGUAUUUUGAAGGCGGCGUCUCAUCUGUCUACCUCUGGGAUCUGGAUCAUGGUUUUGCUGGAGUGAUCCUCAUAAAGAAGGCUGGAGAUGGAUCAAAGAAGAUCAAAGGCUGCUGGGACUCCAUCCACGUGGUGGAGGUGCAGGAGAAGUCCAGCGGUCGCACCGCCCAUUACAAGCUGACCUCCACGGUGAUGCUGUGGCUGCAGACCAACAAAUCCGGCUCUGGCACCAUGAACCUCGGCGGCAGCCUUACUAGACAGAUGGAGAAGGAUGAAACCGUGAGCGACUGCUCCCCGCACAUAGCCAACAUCGGGCGCCUGGUCGAGGACAUGGAAAAUAAAAUCAGAAGUACGCUGAAUGAGAUCUACUUUGGAAAAACAAAGGACAUCGUUAAUGGGCUAAGAUCUGUUGACGUUAUCCCCGCCAACCCCAAGUUCCCGCAGCUGCAGAGGGAGCUUUCCCAGGUGCUGACGCAGCGCCAGAGCCACAUCCAGCCUGAUAAUUAAGCCGCUCCAGGUACCCUGCCUGAGAGGCCUGAGCGCCGCCCCACUAAACAGGACUCACCAGCCCGCCAAGACCCCGCCGGACCCUUAAACACCACUAACCCCGUGUCCGCUCGGCUGGGAGCAGCCCCCUUAACGUGCACACUUGCCACGCCCCGCGUUACACGGACCUGAAUCACGUGUGCGGUGUGUGUGCUUUGCACUCUGGGCGGGGCCGCGUGUGAGGGCGGGCCGUCUGGGCUUCUGCCCCUGAGCAGGCCGGGCAUCGCCGGGCAUCACCGUCGCCUCUCCGGCAGGAGCCGCUCGCCUGCGCCGCUCCCGGUGGCCUCCCGCUUGGCCGGCGGCUUUGGCGGCCUCUCUGCUGUGUGUGCAGCCGGGUCUUCGCCAGCUGUCCACCAAGGAUCCCAGAAGCCAGAUGAGCCCCCUUCUCGGUGGGAGAUUGACUGGGGCUAGCCGACCUAAAAGGGGGCGGUGUAUCGUCCUGAGUCUGAGGAUGGAACACAGAGUGCGGCUGUAAUCCCCGGGCUGGGCCUGGUGCCCCCAAGACCGGGUGCCGCUGGAGCCGCCGGGACCGGCAUAACCCUCUGCCCCUAGCGAGCUGCAGCUGUCCUCCUAAAUGCCUUACGCCGAUGGAGGGGCAGCAGUCUGGCUGUAGACGAUGGCCGAGGACCAUGACUUGAGCUAGUGACAGAUACAGAUGUGUGAAAGCAGUCAGCAUCCCCGGAGAGGAGAAGGGAAACUGGUUUUAAUAAGAGGCGUUUGGAAACCCAGCUGGGCAGGGCUAUAGGGCCUGGGCUUAGGGGCUUCUUCCCAGGCCCAGGGGCUGGACUCGGAGACCCUGACCCGGGAGAGGCCCAGUGUGGGGGACAGAGGUGGGGCACCUGUGCAACCAGGCGGAGCGGCUCUUCUGCAGCCGUGGGACCGCAGCACAGUCUGGUCUGUGUGUGUGCCAGCAUCAGGCCUGGGGCAUCUGUCAGCCUCCAGCCUCGUGCUCGGACCGUUACAUUCCCAUCAGAGCAUUAAGAAACCCCCUUUUAAGGCGUUCCAUAUGGUGCAGUUUCCUCUCCAGCCCCUCAGCUUUUAGGGUGGGUCUAGAAUCUUCUGGAUCCCUCACCUCGGCUAGUCCUGUGGCCACCCACUGGAGGCUUUCUGACAUAGAUCUCCUGCAGCAGUGGGCAGCCUGGCACCUUCUGUCCAGGACAGGCCCUCCUUCCCACCUCCAGGCAUUGGUUCCGAGCUGCUUGGCAGUGACCUUCCCGAGCUCCUUUCCCUAAACGAGGGUCCUGCUCCUUGCACCUCCAGCCGUUCCAAGCCUAACCUCCUGUUCCUUACCUGGUUCUAACUCUGGAAAUUUCUCCUUUGGGGGGGUAGCGGGGGGCUGGGUACAGCCCAGGCCUGGCGUGCUCCUUCCCAGAAGAGCCAGCACCCAGUCGGGCCGGGGUGCCGUGGGAGCCACCACUUCGCCCACCGCAUCCUCCCACUGGGCAAGUUAGCCUCCCAUUGGGAGCUUUCCAGAAGCCCGUGGUGGGCUGGCUGAGGUUUGCAGCCCGAGGGCCACCAGGGCUGGUGCCUGACCCUUCCUGUGGCCGUCGCAGAGCGGAGCGGAGCGGAGCGGACACUCAGAAAUGUGUAUUCAGCAGCGUCAACCAAAAAUGUCAGCGUGUCUCAUGGGAAUUUUUGUAGCUGCACAUAGACUCUUUCAGAGCCUCGUCUCUGCCUCCCUCUUUACCAUCUUGAGGGCACUUCCCAUGAUGUUUCUAGGACUCAGUAGCCAGAAUUCCACGUGGGAUGCUCCUGGGUCCUACUUCAUUGUAUUUCCCCCAAUUUCAGGGGGGGGGGGGGGAUUAUUUUUUGGUCUCUCCUUCCCAUUCUGUUUCACGGCCAGUGCGUGUCAAGCGUGACAUUCCCGUGGCUCCACAGCAUUCCUGCAAGGUAGCCUUCCACUCUUUCUUUCCACUGCUUUGAAACUGUUAGGAAGUUUAUAAAUAGUUUAGGAAGUUCCUGGUUAACCCACACAUCGAGGAAAUCUGACAAAGUGAUCAUUAAGGUCAUUGCCAGGAGCAUUUCUCUGAGCCUCAGUUUCCUCAUCUGUAAAUUGGGAAUAAUGCUCAGACCCCUCCAGAAUGCUUGUGAGAGUGAAGUGUGCCUGAGAAGCACUCUGUAAACUGUACAACCUCUACAGAGGUUAGCUGUUGUUCGCUCUGUCUAACCUGUGUGUAAGUGCACUCCCGUGAACAUUUCCCCACAAAUUCAGGAUUUGACAGCAGCGACCCAGGGCCACUUACCUGUCCCCUCCUGCCUCUUGAAGUUCAGGCUGAGGGAUUUUCUUGGCCAAGUUAACAGCUGAUGGUGCCUUGCAGCCGAAGCCUAAAAGUGCCUGCCCGCAGGUGCUGCCCAGGCAGUGGGCUCAGACGUCCGAGGUGCCGGUUCCUAAUGCUCGCCGGGUGGCCAGCCCUGCACGCCAUGCUUUGUAACGGGGUCCUUAUCUCUCGGCCUCUGGCCUGAGUCCACAGCUGGGCUGAAGCACAGACGGUCUCUGCUGUGGCGUGCUUGGAGGCCCACUUCUGAUUCAGGCUGACAUUGGGAUCUGUGCCCCAGAGUCCAGGUCAUGCCCAGCCUGGUGCAGAGGUGGGCCGUGGCCUCCCCCGCGGGGCCGGCCUCGGGCUCUGGGCCCCUCUGCCCCCUCCGCACAGCUUGCAGCUCGCACUCCCAGAGGAUGGGGAAGGGGGCACCCAGCCCAGUGACCCGGCCCCUCGCCCUGGACGCACCGGCAGGGCAGCCCUCGGCCCCUCGCCGCUGCACUCUUCCUGUUCAGCCUGCUAAUGACAAUUCUUCUCCCC